CUAGCAUCUUCCGUUGUAUACAUGCGUUUGACACGAAAGCUGAGUUUACGUCAGUGUCUGCUGGUUGUCUUGUUUUCAAAAGUUGAUUAUCGAAGAUUCCAAAUAUGUGGGGCCUCUUCAGUAGAGAUCCCAUAAAAGAUUUUAAUUAUGACAUCGGAGAAAAAAUUCUUGGUUUGGAAGACAAAUCUUUGUGGACACUAUACAACGGGAAAAAGAAGGGAUCGGGUGAAGCCGUUUCCAUCUUCGCUUUCGAAGUUAAAGGAGCCAAUGAAUCUCUGGUACAAACUGCCAAAGGAGCUACCAAGAGACUGAAGACAUUAAGGCACCCAAAUGUGGUGACCUUUCUUGAUAGUGUGGAGACAGAUAAGGUGAUAUAUCUAGCUACAGAGCCAAUUACACCACUAGAGAUAUAUCUUCAAAACAACAGUGAAAGUCAUAAUGAGCUAGCAAUAUCAUGGGGACUACAUCAGAUUGUGAAAGGAUUAGCAUUCCUGGUGAAUGACUGCAACUUGAUCCACAACAAUGUGUGCAUGGCCUCCAUCUUUGUUGAUGCAGCGGGAGAGUGGAAGUUAGGGGGUGUGGACUACAUGUACCCUGCACAGGGCCCUGAUAGUGUGCCUCCAACAAAAAUACUUCCGUCUUUACAAAAGUAUGACCCUCCAGAAAAGACAGAAGGAAAGAAAAUCCAGGGCAACAAGUGGGCAUCAGAUAUGUGGGGACUUGGUUGUCUUAUAUGGGAAGUUUUCAAUGGAACAUUGCCACGAACGUCGUCACUUAAGAGUCUUGGCAUGAUUCCAAAAAACCUUAUAUCAAACUACUGUGAGCUAGUCAGUGCCAACCCCAAAUCACGACCAAAUCCAGGAAAUCUUCUUGAAGAGUGCAGGAAGAAGGGUGGCUUCAUGAAUAAUUCUUUUGUUGAGACCAUGCUUUUCUUGGAAGAAAUUCAGAUCAAAGACCAGUCAGAAAAAAAUAAAUUUUUGGCGGGUCUUACACCAUCACUGGAUUCGUUCCCACCUCAGAUGUGUCGUAAUAAGAUCUUGCCACAGCUGCUCAAUGCAUUUGAGUAUGGAAAUGCUGGGUCAUCAGUUCUUCCUUCCAUGCUUAAGAUUGGGAAACACCUUGACAAAGACGAAUAUCAACGUAAAAUUGUCCCCUGUGUUGUCAAGCUCUUUUCCUCAACCGACAGGUCUACCCGUGUCAGCUUGCUCCAGCAGAUUGAGUUUUUUGUGGAGCAUUUGUCCAGCGCGGUGGUAAAUGACCAAAUCUUCCCUCAUAUACUCGGUGGCUUCAUGGACACAAAUCCUAUGGUCCGAGAAUCAACAGUAAAGGCCAUGCUACACCUUGCCUGCAAAUUAAAUUAUAAAAAUCUCAAUGAAGAACUCAUGAAACACUUCGCUCGGCUUCAGGCAAAAGAUGACCAGGGUGGCAUCAGAACGAAUACGACUGUAUGCCUAGGAAAAAUUGCCUGUAACUUAUAUCCAAGUAUACGACAAAAAAUAUUGAUUUCUGCAUUCCUUCGAGCACUCAAAGAUCCUUUCCCUCCAGCAAGACAGGCUGGUAUCUUGGCAAUGGCAGCAACACAGAACUAUUAUCACAUGGCAGAAGUAGCCAAUCGUCUUCUUCCUGCUUUGUGUACCAUGACACGAGAUGUAGAAAAGACAGUUAGAGAUCAGGCCUUUAGAGCUAUAAAAGGAUUUUUGGAUAAACUAGAAAAGCUGUCUGAGAAUCCAGAGUUACUGGAAGAAAUGGAGCAUGAGGUAAUGGCAGGAGGAAGUGCCUCUGCUAUGUUGGCAUCGGGCUGGGCAGGCUGGGCUGUGUCAGGAAUGACAUCUCUCACAUCCAAAAUCUACAGUGCUACAAAGCCAAGACCCUCUUCAGUGCACAGUGCAGAUAUAAAACCGAACACAGAUGUAAUGCAGCAGAAAAAACAAGAUGCCAGUGACAUUAAGACACCGUCAUCAACAGGUGGUACAGGGAAAGACCGACUGCACACAGUACAAGAUGAUGAACCAGCAGAGCAAUCUGGAGGCUGGGACGAAGAAGGGUGGGGUGACAUAGAGGAAGUGCAGCCUGAUCCAACUUCAAAGAUAUCAAAUGCCAGAACUUCAGGUACGACUGAUGUUGAUGGAUGGGAUGAUGAUGACAACUGGGGAAGCAUUGAUGAUACUGGCAUGGAGAAUAACAAAUAUCCAAGCACAUCAGCUUCAAAGAAAUCUACAGGACCUAGUGAAGACAGCUGGGGAGAUGAGUUUGCACCUGUGGAAGGUGGGCUGGCUACAGCAAGUCAGUACAACUGGGGAGGCGGUGACAAGGAGGAGGAGUUUUUCUCAUCCUUAAUCACAACCAACAAGGUAUCCGCUCAGUCCAGUUCAGCUCGGGCAGCUGCACUCCGUGAGAGCCCUGCUAGAUCAACAUUUAAGUCCUCGUCUAAACCAGAGGAAGCAGAAGAAAAACCAAUCAGUAACAUGUCAGGAGGCUGGGAAGAUGCUGGCGGUGGAUGGGAUGCAGAAGACUGGGUUACUGCCUCUGUGGAAGAUUCUGAGGCUGAAAGGAAGAAGCGUGACCGAGAAGAAAAGCGAUUGCAAAGACAAAAAGAGAUGCAAGAAAAACGUGAAGCCCGCAAGGGAGGAGGAGCUAUGAAGCUUGGUGCUAAAAAAUUGUGAAAUUAAGACAAGUGUAAAAUAUUCUGGUGAAAGUGUGACAGAUUAAGAGUGUAUGUGUGCUUGUAUGUGAGAGGGAGAGAGAUGUUUGAAGAUAAUAUGCAUGUGUGCAUAUACAUUUGUUUGAUUUCAGGCCCUUGAAGACAAUUAUUAUAUAGUUCUGUCAGUUAUUUAUGCUGAUUGUGUGACUAAAAGGACUGUAAUAUUUUAUUAUAAUGUAAAGACAAAUCACCCUUAUACUGUACUAAAUUUACACAUCAGUAUGUUUAAUCAUGUAGGUAAUUUGUCCAGCACUUGCAUUAAUUGGUUCAUUUGUUUUUAACAAAAAUGAUAAGUACAGAGAAGCAGUUCUGAUAUGCCAAUCAUGCCUUUUAUUUUAAAAUAAUUUACUUAUAAAUAAAAGUGGUUGCUCUGUUUGAGUCACUUUAAUUUAUGGUUUUGUUUUAUAAUGGUUAAAUCAGCUUUAUGAUUCUUGUGACUUGAAAGAACCUUAUGUUGAGCAUUUAGGUGUGAACUGCUAUAACUAUAUUUAUUUACAAAUAUACUAAAUACCUUCAUAUAAGUGUUCUGUGAGUUGCUGUCAAGUUAUAAUAAAGCAGAUUUUUAUAGAACAUUUCCCCGUAUUACAGAAGGCUUAAUGCACAAAGAACAACAAAAAUGUAAAUAUAGAUGGUAAGUGCACAAAGCACACAUUCAGACAAAUAGAAAAUAUACAGAUAUAUUAACAGUCAUGAAUACAAGGCAGAAAAUGCAGCACCCGGUAGUUUAGUGGUUAAAACACUUGCUUAUCACCAUUAUAGAGAGAAGCUCGGGGUUCAAAUGUGGUCUUUGGGCCACUCUUUGUAUGUGACACCUAUUGCCACAAUUGGCAGUCAGGGGUUUUCUCCCCCUUUCCCCUUCUCUCUCUCUGCAUAAUGAUUGACUGUCUUGGGUUCAGAUCUCUUCUUGGGCAAGUUCAUUCUCUGGAUAUGGCAUCUGUUUACACGGCUGGCUGCUUUGCCAUGAUAUAGCCUUAGAUGAUGGCUCAGUGUAAAACACCAAUUCCCACUUUCCUUCCUAGUGCAAAAUCAGCUUUAGGUGGAAGUUCUUUCCCACCAAAACAAUCAACCAAUACCAGGGCAGAAAAAAAAGCUGUACACUUCAAACAUGCCACAACAAAAUAAUCAAUUAAGGACUGUCAUCAUAGGAAGGCAAAAAGAGUGUUUGCAGGUGUGUAGAAUAAUUCAAAGGGUACAUUUUGCAGCAGAUGAGGCCAAAGAGCAGUUGAACACUCAAAAGUGUAAGCUUUAAUGCAUAUUUACACAGCAGCAGUAAUGAAAUUGACAGUAAGGAACAUAGUUGUCCAUUUUUUGUUGUGUACAUUAACAUGACUAGCACAGAAAUGGCAUCAAUGCAGAAGCAGUAAAGAAAACAAAGCAGGAGACAGGAUUGUAGAUAUCAGAGGCUCAGUCUAUGCUGUUAACUCGCAUAGAUUCAGAAUGUAUUGAGAGUGGAGUGUAUUGUUAAAGAAUAAUGUCCUGUUGCUUUCAAAUACUUGUAGUUUUCAUGCACAAAAACUGUUUUUGACAAUUUUUGUUACUAUUUUUUAUAUUAUGUGGGUAAAAUAUGCUGACCUUACAAUGACUUGUGUUGAUGCAGGACCUCAAAAUGAUUCCAUAGAAGUACCAUGUUCAAAGUUUACAUUCUGUGUGUUAGUAUUAGGUUGAUGGAAGAUUAUCCUUUAAUUUCAUAGUUCAAAGAUAUUGCAGAGAAAACCCUAGUGCAUUUCUAGACAUUUAUCAUGAACUGUUUGGUACGAAUGAAUGUGAACUACACGUUCUGAGACUGCAUGCAUUUUAAGAAUGCUGUCUUCCAUAUACAGCUCAUUGCAUUCUGUUUAUUUCAAGGGCAGUAUUUGUGAUCUACUGAAAUCAAACAGGCAAAGACAUCAAAUGAGUGUCUUAAAACCUGCAGGUAUGCCUGUCACUAAGCAGGGUUUUUUAAUAUUUGUUUUGUAAAAAACUUUUUCCUUGACAUUCUGUACCACAUCAUACACAUCUUUCUUUUUCUGUGGAGAUUUCGCCUGUUAAUAUAACAGACUUGUUCUGUGUUAUGUGCAAUAUACAUUUUAAAAAUAGAUUUUAGGAUACGAUAUGACAGAUAUUUUAAUACACAUUUGGCUUUAAGUUCUAACGGGUUCUGGAGGUGAGAUGGAUUUGCUUAGCAUACCUGUUAAUAAUGUCUGACAACCAUAUGCUAGAAAAAUAGUUUGCAGUAUUUGAAUUCAUGAUUAUCUUGCAGCAGUUUUCCUUUUUUUUUUUAAUUUCCUAUUAUCUUAUGGGCACAUGCAAUUGCCUGGAUAAUAAAAUAUUUCAUGGGGAAAGCAAGA